AUGUUUAGCGGUGGGCAGCAGCAGUCUGUACGUCGUUACAAGUCGGCAGGCUCGAUCCCUAUCGCUCAGACGCCACGUCUCUCGGCUCUCUCACCACUGUAUCCGCUCCCAUCGUCGCCAAAUUUGGCGGUCUCCUCGAUUAUCAUGGACGACGCUAUCGGCGAUCUAUUGACCCGCUAUUUGCCCCUAUUUUUCGAUUUAUUGGAAAAAUUUCAGUAUCAAAAGGCACUGGAGAUUCUAGAGGAAGAGCAGGAGACACCAUGGAAGGAGUGGGAGGCUUUUCAAGUGAUGCUGAAGCUGGGAGCGUCGUGUGAGAGCACGUAUCAUCGAAUGAAGUACUUGGAAGGAGAGUUGGUGGAGACGGACACGAUCGAGCACAUGUAUGGCAAGUUGACGGUACUCAUGACCCACUUGGCUGACGAGUUGAAGCCAAUUGUGACAAGGCAGAGUCGCUUCUGUUCCAUGGACUCGCCGACAAUGAGUCGUGAUGUUGGAGACACGGACAGUGCUGCAGACCAAAGUCGUGCAGGGAAAGGUAGUGACGGAAAGGAGCAUGAGAUAAAGGACUUGCAGGCGGUGGAGAUCAAUCUCUGUGGCAACUUCAGCUACUACAUUGAAUUGCUGGAGCAAGGCGCCGAGUUCUUUACGCUUCGCAUUCCCAUGAUACAGAUCUAUCGUGGAUUGGCACUUUCGAGUGUAUCUCGUGACUACCACGAUAUACGAAAACGAAUUGAUGCUUUAUUGCUUUGUGCUCGCACAUUUUGUCACCCGCUACUUGAGACGAUGAAACAGUCGGUUUUUGAGGAACUGAGCACCGUGAAAGCAGCUGUGGAGUGCGAAGUUCGGGUAGCAGAGUACGACUUCACUCGCUCAAUAGUGGCGUUGCAUCAGCUGAAGGUCCAACUGCGGUCCUGGAGUGAUCACAUUGAUGUCGUUUCAGACUACCCGCUAUUUGAAGGUAGUGGUGUCGAUUUUGGUGCAGGUGGUGACGAAGAGGGUCUGCUUUACGAUGAAUCUGAUGAGAACUAUGGUGUCACGUCGGAUUCGAUGCAAUCGAGCUCAAGCUUCCAGUCUUGUCCCCCGCUUGUGUGCUGUCAUGUACGAAACUCAAGCUUUAGCGGCGAUCCGCGUAACGUCGCAGGAGGCGUACCGGGUGGAGUUUCUUCUUCGCUGGUGGAGUCGCUUGCGUCGUAUUGUGGUGGGCGUUUUGCUAACCUAGGCGAAACUUCCUAUGACGUCGAAGACGAAACGGUCAUGCCCGAAGCUGACCAGUCAGGUGUAUCCCUCGAUCACGACUUGAGCCCAGCUUCUUCCGAUGUGCAAAGUACGUUCAGGCGUUUGUUAUCACAUAGCAGCCUGUUACGACGAAGCAGCGUUGGACUGGCAUCUGCAUUGCCUAUCUGGCGUGGGCUUGUUCAGAAACCAGGCGACCCGUACGUUGGCUCUGGUGGUACGAACUCCUCUAUGCCGACUAAUGCAUUGGAGCAAGCCAUUUUGGCUGGUGGGGUGAACGGUGCAGGGGGAAAUGUUAGUGGUUCAAGCACGUCUCUCGGGCCUAGCCAAGGAUUUCUGAACGGCGGAGGCGUUGUUGUUGGUGGUACAAAUCCUGUUGCGGCUGAAAUGCUGGCAUCUUCGAUCAAAAACCAGGAACGGGAAGAUGGUUUCGCUUUGCCAGUGUUUCGAUGGGCCAAGCGGUUUUACCGUUCGCUUGUGGCUAAGUUUACGCUAUACUUUCAUCGCUGGCUUGAGCCGUUCGAGAAAAAGACGGACUAUUUGGCCCUCGAACUUUCUCGCUACAUCAAAACUCCACUUGGCAUCUCCUAUCUCCAGUUGAUGGACGUGCUGUUGUCUCGAAGCUCACACCGAGGAGACGGGAGUAAAGUGUACAUCAUGCUUAUUCUUGAGACACAGGCUCUUGAAAACAAGGGUGUACAUUACUACGAAAACGGGUACCGUUGUCCGAGCUCGAGCAAUGCAAUCUACACUUGUAAAGUUCGAGAAAAGGAGGCUGAACAGCAAGAGCAGGAAGUGAAGCAAAGAACCACUGCAUCAGCCAGCUCCGCUGAUACUGUCGGAAUGAGAAACCGCAUCACUUCUCCUGCCCCUUCCAGAGACAGAAAGGUAAUGCAUGGACGGAGUGUGGACCAGCACAAAAACGACGCCUUGUUUACACAGGUUGAUCGUGAAGAGAAUGAAGAACAGCACGACUUCUUCGAGCUUUGUGGUCUUCGAAGUUGGCCAGCAGUGUUUUGCUAUCCUGGAGGCUCGUCUCCCCCGCUUGACCACUGGCCGAACAUCGUCAGUCUCAUCAUGGAUAAUCGCUCUUCACUUGAUUCUGUCCAUCCAGUCUUCAUGCAUUUUGAGCGGCGGCAAAAGACAACAUACCAUAUCGCUAGAGUGGACGUCGCCAUGUACCUCGUUGUACAUGCAGAAGGGAUGAAGAAGUCCAACGAGAAAGUCACGCAGGACUUCGUGCAAAUAGUGGCACAGAACCUACAGCACUCGGGAGCGUUUGCACCUCGCCUUUUUGCAUCUGGCACGUCGACCUCAGCGUAG